CCAACCGGAAUGAUAACCUAGAUCUCUCUCACCCGAGCAUAAUAAAGUUCCGCGCCCACCAAUCGCCUUCCCCCCUCUUCGGUUCUUCCUCCCAGUUCAUCGUUUUUUUGUACUCUUCCUCUCUGAAAGUUAAAAGAUGCCAUUUUUGUGGUCUUUGUGGGUUCUUGGAGCUCACAUUAAGCCCUCACCUGCAACUAUUCUCUGAAAUGGGCGAUUUAAGCAGAAAAAUAUCUAAAACCAACGUUCUCUUGAGGAGUUUUAAUUAAUGGCUUCCAUAGGAGCAGUAAUCACUAUCAAAUGUUCCUCUUCUCUCUGCCAUUCUCCAUCAAAACUCCAUUUCUACUGUCCACCUCCUCAAACCCACUUACUUCCACUUCUUCAUGGGCUUCGCAAUUUCAGACCCAUAAAGCUUCAGACAGCUUCGUCCUCAUUUUCCCAGGCUCCUCCUGUUGCAGCUUCUUUUACUUGUUUCAUUUCAAACCCUUCAGAAGAGGAUGAACUCAAGAAAGAGAAGGGGGAUUUUCUCUUAAAGUCCCUAAAAUUUGUUGGAUCGAUCCUUUUCUGCCUUUCUCUCUCACUUGCAUUGGCCAUUGGAGCUGCUUAUGCUUCUACUGAUUCUAUCAAAGCCUCAAGGUUCGGCCUCAAAAUUGCAGAGGCCAUGAGAAAGUCGGGUUGGGCGGAUGAAGCCAUUGUUUUUGCAUUGGCCAUUCUUCCAGUGAUCGAGCUUCGCGGUGCUAUUCCAGUUGGUUAUUGGAUGCAUCUCAAACCUCUUCACAUCACACUAUUAUCGGUGAUUGGAAAUAUGGUUCCUGUACCCAUAAUCUUAAUGUACUUGAAAAGGUUAGCCAACUUUCUUGCUCAAAGGAAUGCAUCUGCCUCGAAAUUCAUGGACCUUCUCUUUGAGAGAGCUAGAGAGAAAGCAGGCCCCGUUGAGGAGUUUCAAUGGCUCGGGCUCAUGCUAUUUGUCGCCAUACCAUUUCCGGGAACUGGUGCAUGGACUGGAGCCAUUGUUGCUUCCAUUUUAGACAUGCCUUUCUGGUCUGCUGUUUCCGCUAACUUCUUUGGGGUCGUUUUGGCUGGGCUUUUGGUUAAUUUACUUGUGAACCUUGGCCUCAAAUAUGCCAUUGUAACGGGUAUCAUAUUAUUCUUUGUAUCUACUGUUAUGUGGAGUGUUUUAAGGAACCUAAAGAAAUCGUUAGAUUCAAACUAACAGCUCUUCUCUGCAAUUUGUAUUCCUCUUAUUAGCAAGGUUAUUUGCGUUCUUCAAGUGUAAUGAGGACAUGAUUUAAUAUGCUAUUUUCUACUUGUGGACAUUAGUUUAGUCGGAUUGAAUCUCAUGAUAAUCUGAUUUGGAAGUA